AGAUCUGCCACAUCGACAUGCCCAAAUUCAAAAGAGAACGACAGCGGUUCCAUGCCAAACCAGUGGACAUGGGUGCAUCUGCCAUGAUGGUAGAUGCCCCUGUGGUUCACAAUCCUGCCACCAAUGAAGAACUCAUCACCGUCCACAGAACCAUGUCUGCUGUUCCCGCCUUGUCUGAAGCAGACAUUUUCGGUGCUGUUGGAAAACCUGCGGACACUACAGGGCAGACCCAAAACGAGACUUUGGCUCGGACAGGAGAAACGGCUGAUAACACAGUGCUUAAAAAGAAGGAAAGGCGACAACAGCGACAUGAGCGCUGGCUGCAGAAGCUCGGAAGUGUUUACAUGUCCAAAACGUCAUCCAAAAAGAAGAAGGGACAAAAUGUCGGUACUUUGACAUUGGACACAAUAAAGGAUAUCCUGCCAUCUGUUCUGGAAGAAGAGUCUCCAAAAGCAAAGACCGAUGUGGCCCGGAAGAAGAAGGCAAAGCCAGUUUCUCAAAGUGCACGACAAGCAGCCGCGGUUAGCGAAAUUGUAAGAUUUCAAAAAGUUCUCCAGCAUCCUACAUUCAGAAACAACCCUAUAGCGACCAUUCGACAACAUCUUCAGAACACUAUUACACCCGAUGGGACGUCAGCGUAGCUGUCAUGUUCACGCAUUUAUUUAUUACCUUUUCUGUCCUCCGUCUUCUGUAACAUGGGGUUUUUAUGACCUCCCAUCCAACCACCGUGCGUCUCUCAAACGUGUAUAUAUAUCAGUAGCUUUUACUUGACGUGAAUAUUAUUAUUUCUAUAUCGA